AUGAAUUGGGAUCUUUCAUCAGACUUGAUUGGUGAAAUUGUUGAUGGUAUUGACUCAAAUAGAGCAGUUAAAGAAGUAAUUCCGUUGAUGUCUAAGCUUUACGAACAAUUUACGAAUGCUGAUGAAACAAGCAAAGGGUAUAUUUCACUUCUUUUUCAAAAUUCGAUAUUACAAUUCUUAGAUAAAGAAAAUCUAUCACCAACAUUGAUUGAAAAAAUACUAAUUUUCAUGAAAGAUAUCUUCGUAGCCAAAUUACAUAUAUUUUUCGACAAAUUUACAUUAGUAACUAUCUUGAUUCAGCUUCUUAUACGUGCUCGCGAGCAAAAAUUCGAACUUUUUGAAGAAAUCGGAAAUCUUGCUUUAGAAGUUUGUAAUUUAUCAAUCCCAGAUAAAAUCCAACCAAACGAAGCCGCAUAUGUUGUAUCAGAAUCAAUCAAUUAUGCUACAAAAAGCACCUUAAUACACGGAUUAAAUGCAUUAAUUCUUACAAAUUCAUGUGCUCAUCUUAUGGGACCAGAUGUAAAGAUGAUCUUGCCAGGAAUUUCAGUAGCAAUGACAGCUGUCAUACAAACAAAGGGUACUCGCCAUAAAAUUCUUUGCGAAGCAAUGUCGAUUUUAGAAUUUACAUGGUCGAACGUCAAAUUUACAGAGCAAGAUGCUCCAAAGAUCGGAGACUUGAUUAAACGCAUAUUGACCGUAGAAAUGCAGCAUUGGAAAGCCAGAAUUUCGCGUGUAAAUCUUGCGAACACUUUAAUUACAUAUCAAAAAGAAAUAAUGAAGCAAUACAUCUCACCGUGCAUUCGCUGCUUAUUUGCUGCUGUCUGUGAUGAAUCAUUACAAGUUAAACAAGCAGUAUCUCCAAUUAUUGAACAAAUUUCCGGCGACAUCAUCAUUUCCGGCGAAUUUGAGCAAUGCGUUAUAGAUCUAACACGUUGUGCAAAGCUUUCUGAUGAUUUAAAGCGCUUAAAUUUGUUACAAACAAUUUCAGGAAUUAUUUUGAUCAACAAAGACAAAAACAACGGAUUUGAAGACCAAAUACUCACUUCACUUUCCAGUUUGGCCACAGCUCUCAUAUUUGUUAGUGAAAUCGAAAUUUCUGACAAAAAAUAUUGUGAAGUUGAUGACGGUUUUUUAGUUCAUAGAAGGCCAUUUUUAAGUACCUCUUUAUUGAUGAAUACCUUCGAAACCAUUGUCAUUAACUUACCAGCAGAUUCUUUUGUUGAAGUACUGAUUGAUAUCCUCAAUCAAUCGAAGUCAAGUGCUCCUGAAGUUUUUUACAUUUUUGGACUUUUGAAAGGUUUGGCAGAUGAAAGAUUAAUCAUGGAUAUUCUUGAAGAACCACAAUGGUGGAAUCUGAAAGAAGAUGACAAAAGGUCUGUUCUUGCUUUAGAGCUUGCUUUAGAAGUGACUUCCCAAUACUGUGACACAGACGUGAUGCAGAACAUGCUCGCGAGAAUCAUUGAAUGCAUGGCAUCUCCUUAUCCAUCUGUUGAACAAACUGCUCAUGUUGCAUUGAAGAAAAUAGCAAAAGAUGGUGACAUCGCAACACUUCUAAUGCAAAAUGCAGAUUAUUUGACAGAUAGAUUAAUGGCUAGAUUGCAAUUCAUUGAUAUUCAUCCUGAGAUAUUAACUGUUUUCUCAGCAAUUUUGACUGUUGAAGGAGAUGUUUCGAAUUUGUUGAGUCACAUCAUUCCAAGAAUUUUCGAAAUCUUGGAUACAAAAGACAAUUUGCAGAUGCCGAUAUUAAGGAUGUUAAGUAGAUGUGCUGAAAAAAUGCCUGCUGUAUGCGAUGACAUCGUUGAUAGAUGCAUACACUUCAUUUUAUCACCAUCUUUGAGUCAACAAACUGCUGCUUUAGAUGCAAUUUGUGUUGCUCUGCCAAAAAUUUCUGAUGAAGAAAAAUUAUUACCAAUGGUUCAUCAGAUGUGGGGUCCUUCAAUUUUGAUUCUUAACUCUUCUGUUGAUAACCAAACUCCUGCUGCUGCAUCCGCUGUAAAUAUCGUUAAAACAGCAUUACAAGUCGCAAGAUCUUUUGUAAAACAAAGAGUUGGUGAACAAUUGUCACUUUUUUCGGCAGUUUUAAUUGGAUGUUUAAGAAAAUUAGAAGGAAACAUACAUAAUGAAAGUGCGUUUGCUAUGGCAAAGAAUAUAUUAGAUCUAUUUGCUUGUUCUUAUGAUGGAGAAGUGAUAUUUGUUGGAAGAGAAUUAGAGAUGUUUAAUUUGUUAUUAAAUUGUCUUCCAAAGAAAGUGAAUGAAGUUAUAAGAGUUAUGGCAACAAAUGUGUUAUGGAAUUUGUUUAACUCCGAUAAACCAUUCUUAUUGACUUUGAUGAUGGAAGUUGCCAAUAAAAUCCCGGUUUCGGCGAAAAAGACAACUUAUUUCAAGAUUCUUCCAAAGGAUGUCGUAAUAUACAUUGGAAAACUAUUGGAUCCGCCAAAGCCUAGUGUUGUAAAUUGA